GCCGCCUUCGGGGUACAUCUAGUAGACAAGCUACAAUAGCAUUGUACAGUACACUACAGUGUGUCCUGUAAUAUCACAUCCAUCCACUAGAUGUUGCUGUGGUGCAAGCAAAACAGCACGAGUAAUGAGUUGAAGAGAAGAGAUGAGAAGCCAUGGAUUGAAGUAAAGUAAGUUUCUUUCGGCUUGUCCCUUUCGGGGUCGCCACAGCGUGUCCUCUCAGAUGAACGCACAUGUUUGUUUGGCACAAUUUUUACGCCGGAUGGCCUUCCUGACGCAAACCUUCUCAGGGAGUGGAGACCCCGGUGGGAUACGAACCCACAACCCCUGGUUUACUAAACCAAUGCUCUAACCACUGGUAAGUGGUGAAGGUAAAUUAAACAGUAAAUGGAGUUAACCAGGAUGGAUAUGAGUGAAGUCUUGAAGGAAUAAAGUCAAGAAGGGCAUCGUACUCGGUUGGACGGACAACUGGUUCUCGGACUACAUCUCCCGGGAAAAAAAAAGUGUAUACCUUGGACUUGGACUUGUUGGGUAGUGGUGAGGAAAAGAGUCAAGCAGCUAAAAUAAAAUGCAUCCACCAGAAAGCGGAGCAGUCUUGACUUCAAAAUUAAAAAAAAACUGCAUCUGAUCAUAACGAUAAUUAUACACGUUACAAAUAUCUGUUAAACUACUGAAAUAGUGACCCGGUCGUUCUGGGUUAAGACUUGAACGGUUUGGUGACGCGGAUUUAGAAAGCGCGAGGAGGAACAAUUUAUGCUGAAAACAAAAAAGGAUGUGGCUCGUGUGGUCACACGGGUAUUGACGGCUACCAGGCUAACAAACGAACUCCCCAAUCAAGUCGCCGUCUGUCGAAGCGGUGACGUCGUCGCUCCGUCCGUGACGACGCCGACGAUCGAGGGCCAGGAACUGCGACCACCUUUUUUUUUUUUUUUUGUCGUUCCCUUUCCACGUCUUUUGUCAACCCGUUUCCCCUCAAAUCCUCUUACGUCGUUUGACAUUUGAAAGAUUGUCCUUGUGCUUGUUUAGCUUCGGCAUGGCGUAGGUUUCUCUUCCUUGUUGUCAUUCCUUCGUCGUCGUCUUCCUUCUUCGCACGGCGGAACGGUGUUCGAGUUUAAGGUGGGAGCGGGUGGACGAGCAGGACGGCGGUGGUUCACGGGGUAAAAGCGUCGGGGGAAAAAGGGGGUUGCUUUACGGGCCGACUUGGCGGCAGACAUGUUGUCGAAGCUUGCUUUCCUUCCGAGCUAGUGAACAGAAAUGUCGGCGCAAUAAAGGACGAAACUGGACCGAGCUGGACGUACCUGGACGUACCUGGACGGACGCAAUCUGGCUCGGUGUGCCGGUACUGCCUGAGUCUAGUCGACGCUGACAACUUAAGAUCAGUCACCCUGCCCCCUCCAAAAAUAAACUCACAAAUAAAUCAAUAAUAAUUAAAAAAAAAAAAAAACUUGCUGACAAUCUCAGGCAGUGGCCGGUUUUGACCCGAGGUUCCCGAAGUUGGAUGUUUGGGUUGGAACGACCUGCAAGAUGACAUCCAGCACGCCAGCAGACAUGAUUAAUCUGCGACUCAUCCUGGUCAGCGGGAAGACUAAAGAGUUUCUGUUCUCUCCCGACGACUCUGCAGCGGACAUCGCGAAACACGUUUAUGACAACUGGCCAAUGGACUGGGAGGAAGAGCAAGUCAGCAGUCCCAACAUCCUCAGGCUCAUCUACCAGGGACGCUUCCUGCAUGGCAACGUGACGCUCGGAGGCCUGAAGCUUCCGCUGGGCAAGACCACCGUCAUGCAUUUAGUGGCCAGAGAGACGCUGCCUGAGCCCAACUCUCAAGUGGAUUUUUUUUUGUGUUCAGGUCAAAGGAACCGGGAGAAGAGCGGGGAGAGUAACUGCUGUGUCAUCCUGUAAAUGGGACCCUUUAAAAGCUCCCAAGUCGUCGUCCGGACCCCCCUCCCCCCGACCGCCACCCUGCCUUAUUGGGUCCACCCCCACUAUCUCGUCACAACAACACAUUGGGCCGCUAAACUGGAGGGUUUUUUUUUUUCUUCUUCUUCUUCUUCCUCAACACUGUAAGCCUACAUACCCAGACGCAUUGUGUAACUGGCUGUGAGCUGGUUGCCACGGUGACGAUGCCUUGUUUUUCUUUUUGGAUUCUAACAACUGCACUAAAAUGCCAACGCACGUGCGUGCGCUCACACGCACGCACGCCGGUGGCCAUCUUGUUGCCAAGAGGAAGAGAGACCCUCCACAACAGUGUUGUCCUCAAUUUGGUCUUUUUCCUCUGUGAAUAUUCAUAUUUCUCUGAUUAUCAUGAAUUAUUAAUGAUGUCCAUUUUGCACAACACAAUUGUGUGCUACUUCGGCACACUCAAUAUGUGUAUGUAUAAGUACUAUGUAUGUAUGUUAUUUGUAUGUAAGAUUUCUGCAUGUACUGUAUGUGUGAUUCCCUUUUGACCUCAUCAUGAUUGAUUGAUGUAUUUUAACGUGGGCUUAUGUUUUUUUUUUUUUUAAAUUGUCAUUAAUUGACAGAAUCAUUAAUUGCAAUCAGAUGUGUAUGUGAAAUCACCUUCCAGUUAGAAAUAGUCCCCCCCACACACACACACACACACACCUGUAAACUAAAUAAAGCUUUUUGAAAUGU